AGGUCGGCUGCAUGUUCGGCAAGAGCUGGUGGCGGCCGCUUAGCGAUGUUUCGUGUAGGGGCGGGGCGGACACCGAGCCGUCGACUCUCCUGACGCCAACCUAGGCCGUGUACAGUGAUGUGUGCACUUUUUUUAGUGACUAGAUCAAAACAAUUACAUGCCAGUUGCCGAAAGUGUCCACGGAAUAAGAUGGCUGCCGCUCCUCGUAAGGGUUUCGCUCUGUCUGUCCUCCAAGGGUGAAAUCGUAGGUUAAGGCCUGUCGUUUACCUCCCGACCUUGCUACCGACACUGACGAUAUGGACACAGUAUGGCCCCAGAUAACCGGUACACCUCAGGGAGAAGACUUGUACUGUCGAUCCUAUGCCUACAAGCUAUUUGUCUUCAGGUUACCAGUGAGUGUGAUCAGACGUUUGUGAGUCGACCCGGCGGUCCAAUGAACGGGACAUUUUACGCUCCAGAGUUCGAGAACCCCCGUGGUCACUCGAGAAAUUGCGUCUACACGUUUCUCGCGGGGCCAGGACAGAGGGUCCAAGUUACCUUCAUCAGUUUCAACCUUCGGGGUCGGCCACCAGAUGGAGCUGCUGUUGGAGAUCUCCCUGCCUGCGUUCACGAAUACAUGGAUAUCUAUGCAGAGGUGUUACAGCCGAAUCCUGCCGAACUGGUGAACACACCCUUCGGGGGAAGAUACUGCGGGGCAAUAAGACCUAGGACAAGGGUGUCUCUUUACAGAGCGAUGGCGCUCUCUUACCAUACAGAUAAAAAUGUUUCAACGAACGAUAUAUUUGUAGGAAAGUACGCGUUUAUUAACGACACGGAAUUUGAAGUCGGCACGCCGUUGGCUGGAGGACCUUGCAAUUUUUUGGUAAAAGGGGCAGUGAAACACACUGGAUCAAUCUUAACGCCGACUUACCCCGGAGCCUACCCCAAAGCGCUUCACUGUACUUACCAAUUUCUUGGUGCUCCGGGAGAGAGGAUCCGAUUGGAAUUCAGGGAUUUUGAUUUAUUUUUUGGAGGGCCACAUUGUCCAUUUGACUACGUGAAAGUGUACGAUGGGCCGGAUAAUAGUUCAGCUGUGAUUGGAACUUAUUGUGGACAACAACGUAAUCUAGUCAUUUAUUCGUCUGAAUCCUCUCUUCUCAUUGCAUUCGUCACCCUCCCACGCACUGCCAAUACUCAGAACCGAGGUUUUAAAGGAAUUUUUGAGUUUUCAAACUCAUUUACAAAAUUAGAUUUCAUAAAAAACGAUGGGGAACACAUCCGAGGUACUGAGUGUGAUCAAAAAAUUCUAAGUAAGAAAGAAUCCAGCGGCGUUGUCGUCAGUCCGAAUUACCCGUUUCCUUACAUGCCUAAACUGGUCUGCAGGUAUUUCAUUUACGGUAUGCAAGAUUCACAGCAUCUCGAAAGAGUGCGAUUGGAUUUUGUUAUGUUUGAAGUACCUAAAGGACCGAAAGGAGAUUGUUCAGACGGAUAUCUGAAGAUCUACCUAAAAGGACAGGAAACAACAGAUUCCUAUGACAAAUUCGACUACGAAAUGUGCGGAGAAAACAGCAAACCUACGGUUGUUGUUUCUGAUGGCCCUAGACUGGUAAUGGUCUUCAGUAGUGGAGAGCUUAUGGGUCGGGGUUUUAAGGCCAACUAUACUUUUGAGACUGAAUAUAGAAUUCCGGGUACAGCGGCACCGGAUGGUUCCUGUUCUUUCACGUAUUUAAGCACAAGCAAGAAAAAAGGAGAAUUCAAUUCACCGAGGUAUCCUUCGAAUUAUCCAAGCGAUACAAAUUGCACCUAUCUCUUUCUCGCCACAAAUAACGAGCAAGUCACGUUAGUCUUCGACAAUUUUAAGAUACGUGCCGACAGUGUUAAUGCAACUAUUGGUUCCUAUGGAACUACACUUUGCCAAGAGGAUUGGAUAGAAAUUUUUAACGUGUAUCGUGAUGGAACGGAAACGAAAAUCGGCAGGUACUGUCAAAUGUCAGCGCCUGGUCCUAUAGAAUCUCCUAGGGGCGCCACAGGAUUAAAGCUCGUUCUGCAUUCGGAUUCCGAAGGCGUAUAUAGUGGUUUCAAAGCAAGGUAUAGUUUUGAAACUGCAAAAUCAAUCUUCGGAGACUGCGGUGGGAACGUCAGCAGCGUGGACUCGGGUGUGAUCAGCAGUCCGAAUUUUCCAAAAGAUUACGAGGCUCCGUCGAAGAAUCAAGCUUCCAAAAGCUGUAAUUGGUAUAUCACUGUAAGACCCAAAUACAAGGUUUUGUUGGUGUUCGAGAAGUUUGCUAUUGAAGGGGAUCCUUUAAGUAGGGGUUGUCCAGCUGCAGUAUUUAGGCUAUGGAAUGAUGUUUCCUCUACUCCUAUUGAACUUUGUGGCGAAAAAGGCCUUAAUGAAAAAUGGCAAUAUGUAUCUACCUCCAAUGCCAUGAGGUUCAGUUUUAUAACGGCGGACAAAGCUGUUGGUGCUCAAGGAUUCCGAGCAGUUUGGACUGAAGUGAUAGAAGGGCCAAGCUGUGACGAGUUUCAAUGCCUAAAGUCGGGGUUUUGUAUUCCUGAUAAAUUAAGAUGUAACAAGAUCAACAACUGCGGAGCCGACGACGACUCAGACGAGGAGGAUUGUGAGUGAUCUAAUGGUCAUUAUGCAUUGCUGUGUUUGUUCGUAUUAUUAUUUAAAAAAAUAAAUAUGUCUAUAAAGUUAGUUCUUAGUUUUGACAUAAUAGGUAUAAAAAUAUGAAUAAAAAGCUUGGCAAACCUUAGAUUUUAAUUU